UCUCCACAACCUGCCGGUCGUCUGACCUUAUUUGGUAUUUUUGGGGCGUCAUUCAUGUUAAUUUACUAUUCUCGGGAACGCGCGUUCAUUUAGAUCAGGUGGGAUUCAUCAUGUUUACGAAGGUCAUUUACGACUGUUUCCUGGUGAUACAAGUGUUUGGUGAAUCCAACGUGGCUCACUCGUAAAUUCCACCUCACGAGAAAAGUACGACAGAUUUAAGAAGAAAAAUACGAACAUAUUCUUGCAUCUGGCCCAAUGACUCUCAUUGGAAUCAAUUUAUAAUGAAUGCUGACAGGUGCUGAGAGACUAACAGCUGCAUUUUACAAGCUAAUACGUUUUAUUUCAUAAUUUUAUGUUAUGUUUUUUGUGUUAAUGUUUAUUUUCAGACAUAAACGAACAAUUUCAAAUCCAAAAGGAAAAAAGCAAAUCAACCAAGAAUGAAACAAAUAAAAGAAGCAAACAAUGACAUUCUUCUGUCAGUAACUGAGCCUGAAAAGGAGCAGGAUGAAGUUUACACUUAUUUAAUUCCUGCCUCUAAUUCACAACUUACAUUUCUGUACCUGUGUUCCUGUGUAGUAUAUAGAAAUAUAUUAUCAUUAAUAUUAUUAUCACUAUCAUUACGUCUAUAUCACCAUUAUUAUCUAGUCCUAGUAUUACAUCUUUAUCAUCAUCAUCAUCAUCAUCAUCAUCAUCAUCAUUGCCACCAUUGUCACUUUCAUAAAUAUUAUCACCAUUAACUCAAAGUAAUAUAAAUAAUAGUACACAAAGGACCAAGUCCAUUGUCAUCCACUCAUUUUUGGACACAACCAAAUCACAUAUAAUACACAUACAUAUAAAUAUACAUAUAUAAUAAUAGCAUCUUAAUUCCUAUACCUACUGAAGAUCAUUUCUUUGUACCUCUUUAUAAAAAUCUUAAUGUUUGGACAUUCCCUCAGUUCCACAUUUAGACUGCUGCAUAGCCUCACACCACAAACACAAAUACAAAAGUUCCUCCUCAUCGUUCGCACGCUAACAGUUUAGAAAUAAGUCUGACCUCUUAGAUUGUAGCCCUCCUCUCUUACACUGAACAUGUUUUGGAUAUUUGCAGGCAGUUGGUUGUUUUUUGCUUCGUACAUUGUUUGAGCUAUUUGAAAUUCCACCAGAUCAGCAAACUUCAGUAAAUGAGACAGUAAGAAUAAUGGAUUUGAAUGAUCCCUGUACUCUGCAUGAUGGAUGUUGCAAAUUGCUCUUUUCUGAAGAAUAAACAAUGACUGUACAUUAGAUUUGUAAUUAUUGGCCCAAACUUCAGCGCAGUAACUUAAGUAUGGUGAGACCAGUGAACAGUACAAAAUGUGAAGCGCUUUAUAAUCCAGGACCUGUUUGGCUUCACUUAAUACUGCAAUGCUCCUUUUGGGAUGUAUAUGUUUAAUGUUUGCCUUCCAACAAAGCUUUUCAUCAAUUAUGACCCCAACAAAUCUAUUUUCAGUAACCUGUUCAAUAUUCACACCAUCUAUCUGUAUUUUUACUUGUUUGUUUCUUCUGCAGUGAAACAACAUUACUUUAGUUUUAUUCAAAUUUAGUGACAAUUUAUUUUUUAUCAAACCAGGUUUUUAGUUUGAUCAUUUCCAUGGUUACCAUAUCUUGUAGUUAAUCAUCACCCGAACAACAACUAUGAGUGUGAUCCGCAGAAAGAACAAGCUUCAAUACCUUUGAUAUGUGACAUAUGUCAUAAAACAUGUUGGUCCCAAUACUGACCCCUGUGGGACCGCAGGUCCAAACAUUUAGAGCAACUGUCACCUAACCUCACAAACUGCUGUCUGUUACUUUAAUAACUUUGAAUCCAAACCAAGACUUCUCCCCUAAUCCCAUAACGUUCCUAUGUAUUUAAUAAGAGGAUAACUCAUUUUCUGAGAUCCAUUUUUAAUAAUACUGUUCAGAAAGCUCCAUAUUUCCUUCAUAUUGCCUGUUUGUUUCUAAUAGUGUCCUAUAGUACUCCUUCUUUCUUGCCCUCAACAUGUUAGUUCACUUAUUUUUAUACUUCUUAUAUUUAUUUUCUGACUUUUGAGUUUUAUAUGUUAUGAACUCUCAUUUAUUAAACCCUUAGUUAGCCAUGGACAUUCAGCAUGUUUUAUUUGUUUAGUAUAUUGUUUUAUUGGACAGUUUAUAUUAUAUAAUGACCUGAACUGUUGAAUUUACAUUCAGACAAACAUCAGACGCAGCUGGAAUCAAGUUUCACUUUGAAAAACAUUCUCAUCUAAAGGUCCACUUACUCUGUAUGUCCAAAGCUUUCAGUCACAUCUCAUGGUCUUCCUCAGUGAUGGAGGGUCUCAGUUGUCAUGGAGAUGGUUUAAGUUUGAAUGGUUUCAGUAAAGUAGUUAAUAAAUCAACAGAUGAUAAACUGCAGCUGUAUUGUGUCUCGUUCUCUCCAUCAGAUGCCUGUGAACUGGAACUGGAUCCAAACACAAUGUACAGAAACCUCAAACUGUCUGAUAACAACAGGAAGGUGACACAUGUGUAUGAGGAUCAGUCAUAUCCUGAUCAUCCAGACAGAUUUGACUCCUGUUAUCAGCUGCUGUGUAGAAAUGUUCUGACUGGUCGCUGUUACUGGGAGGUCGAGAGGAGAGGAACAGUUGAUAUAUCAGUGAGUUACAGAAGAAUCAGAAGGAAAGGAGACAGUGAUGACUGUUUGUUUGGAUGGAACGAUCAGUCCUGGAGACUGAGGUGCUCUGAUGAUGGUUACUCUGUCUGUCACAAUAACAACUAUACACCCAUCUCCUCCUCCUCCUCCUCCUCCUCCUCCUCCUCCUCCUCUGUCUCUAACAGAGUAGCAGUGUAUGUGGACUGUCCUGUUGGCACUCUGUCCUUCUACAGAGUCUCCUCUGACUCACUGAUCCACCUCCACACCUUCAACACCACAUUCACUGAACCUCUGUAUGCUGGGUUUACAGUCGGCUAUGGUUCCUCAGUGUCUCUCAGUGAGGAGCAGAGAGGAGCAGUAACUCUAUUUCCUUUCUACAGACGUGAUGAUGAUGCCUCCUACCUGUUGGACAGUCAUAACACACUGAUAAUAUGUUGUUUAACACAUUUGAUUUGAAUCAGAAAUGUACUUUUUUUAACUUUCUAUCAUAUCAAUCACAGAGAAUAAUUUUCCUGUUAAACAUUUUCUAAUAAAACAGUUUUUGUAUUUCUUGUCCAGAAUUAAAUUUCCUUGUACUGAUAGUCGGGACAGUUGCUGUAUAAUUUGUUGUGUUUCAUACUGAACUGUAAUAAGGGGAAGUACUGUUGGAGACAACAAAUGAUUUUAAUAUUUUUUAGAUGAGAUUUGACUAUGGGGCCUUGUAGGAGUGCAGUAGCGUACUGUGUACCAUGUGACCCAUCGAACAGAACUGUGAUUAACCCAAAAGGGGUUG